GCGGAUCCUGCCUGAGCAGAAAGCAGUGCUAGCUGCUACACACUGAUCACUGAAGAGCCCCUGAUCCUGCUAUUAGAAGCCUCCCUCCAUUCCAAGAAUUCGAGCUGACAAGUUAGAUCUCUUUAACAGACAGGCACACAACACUGCCCAUCUAUAUACAUGACCUAGAAGGAUCUGCCCUUAGGAACAUAAUCAGUACAAGCUUUGCUUCCUGUUGUGCUUGUAAGUGCAGCCCCAGCUACAGCAAUGGGUAAUGGAAUGAACAAGAUUCUUCCUGGGUUGUUCAUCGGGAAUUUUAAAGAUGCUCGGGAUAUUGAACAACUACAGAAGAAUAACAUUACUCACGUUCUGUCAAUACAUGACAGUGCCAGGCCUAUGCUAGAGGGUAUGAAAUAUCUCUGCAUUCCAGCAUCCGAUUCACCACAUCAGAACUUGACACAACAUUUUAAAGAAAGCACAACAUUUAUCCACGAGUGCAGACUGAAAGGGGAAGGCUGCUUAGUUCACUGUUUGGCAGGAGUUUCCAGAAGUGUAACUUUGGUAGUUGCCUAUGUGAUGACAAUCACAAGCUUUGGAUGGGAAGAUGCCCUGUCUGCUGUACGUGGUGCAAGAACGUGCGCCAAUCCCAACAUGGGAUUCCAGAAGCAGCUUGAAGACUUUGAGAAACAUGAUGUUCACCAUUUGCGGAAAUGGCUUAAGGAGACUUACGGUGAGAGCCCAUUCCUUGAUGAAGAAGAAGCCAAACAACUUCUUGCCAAAUAUAAAAAACAUGAGGAAGAGGAGUCUCAGCGUGCUGGGAGUUCUGGAAGACAAUGGAGCAGCCACCUAACCCCACUCUCUUCCAUGUCUUACAGCAACUACACCACUGAGACAUAAAUGUAUGCCUCUUGUUUAUAUCUUCUGUCUGACACUCUACAAAGAUCACCGGUCAAAGUUGGUGAUUGGCACUAGAUAGGUCUUAAGAUCACACAGAAUUUGCUAUUUUAAAAUAACACUCGAUUUCCCAUUUACUGCUAAUGACAGCAGAUAUUUUGCAGAAUGUUUUCAGACUGGUGUAUGAAGGGAAGAGGGACAUUUCUACUACUAUCUUGUUUUCUAGGAAUCCUGGCACAUUAAAAUAUGGUGUGCUUUUUUUAAACAGGAGUCUUUUGAAAGCUUUGUUUGUGGUUAAGCACUGUUUUUCAGGUUUUUACCGUGUUUCAGUUUUUUAAUGUAUGGUUUAACGCUUUCUACCUCAACACACCAUUAUUUCAGUAAUGACCACUGCCCCUCUGUUGCAUUAAAGACAUUGACUU